CAGUGUAAUCGCGUGAGCUCUCGGUGCUUGUCGCCGCCCGCGCGCUAUUUAAAGGUUAAAGAUGGCCCGCCGGUUAGUCGCGCGUGAGUCCGGUGAGUGGGAGAGCAUGAUGAUGAUGAAGAAGAUGAAAGACGGGGCGGAGGAGAAGCGCAGCAGUGCAGUGGUCACUAAGAAGAGAGGCUACGACAUCACUCGUAACCCCCACCUCAAUAAGGGCAUGGCCUUUUCUCUGGAGGAGCGUCUACAGCUGGGGAUCCAUGGCCUGCUGCCUCCCUGCUUCCUCAGUCAGGAUGUCCAGCUGCUCCGUGUCCUCCGCAACUACGACCUCAAAAAGGACGACCUGGACAGAUACGUCUUGUUGAUGGGGCUUCAGGAUCGUAAUGAGAAGCUGUUUUAUCGUGUUUUGAUGUCUGAUAUUGAGCGCUUCAUGCCCAUCGUUUACACACCCACUGUGGGGCAGGCGUGUCAGCAGUACGGCCUGAUCUUUAGGAGACCCAGGGGUUUGUUCAUCACUAUCCAUGAUCGCUCUCACAUCGCCACUAUCCUACAGAGCUGGCCAGAAACGGAUGUUCAGGCAGUAGUAGUGACCGACGGCGAGAGGAUUUUGGGGCUAGGAGAUUUGGGAUGUUAUGGAAUGGGAAUUCCGGUGGGAAAACUGGCUCUUUACACAGCGUGUGGAGGAAUUUCUCCUCAGAAGUGUCUCCCCAUCAUGCUGGACGUGGGAACGGAUAAUGAGGAGCUCCUGAAGGAUCCUCUGUACAUCGGACUGAGACAUAAACGUGUCCGAGGCGAGGCUUAUGAUGAACUCCUGGAUGAGUUUAUGAAAGCUGUAACUGACAGGUAUGGGAUGAACUGUUUGAUCCAGUUUGAGGAUUUCGCCAACGUCAAUGCUUUCCGUCUUCUGCACAAAUACCGCAACCAAUAUCUCACCUUUAAUGAUGAUAUACAAGGUACAGCAGCAGUUGCAGUAGCCGGCCUUCUCGCUGCACUUCGCAUUACUAAGAGCAGGAUGUCAGAUCAUACCAUUGUGUUUCAGGGAGCAGGGGAGGCUGCAAUGGGCAUUGCUGAGCUCAUUGUCAUGGCUAUGGAGAAAGAAGGGCUUCCACAUGACGAUUGUGUGAGGAAGAUUUGGAUGGUCGACUCGAAGGGUCUCAUCGUUAAGGGUCGAGAUAAUUUGACUACAGAGAAGCAGAGGUUUGCUCAUGAACACGCUCAGAUGAAAAGUUUAGAGGAUGUGGUUCAGGAGCUGAAGCCCACUGCUAUCAUCGGUGUGGCGGCUAUAGCAGGAGCCUUUACAGAACGCAUCAUUAAAAACAUGGCUGCCUUUAACCAGAGGCCGAUUAUCUUCGCUCUUAGUAACCCGACUAGUAAAGCGGAGUGUACAGCCGAGCAGUGCUACACACUCACACAGGGACGGGGCAUAUUUGCCAGUGGGAGCCCAUUUGACCCCGUGACCCUUGCAGAUGGGCGGAUAUUUUUCCCGGGUCAGGGUAAUAACGCCUACGUGUUCCCAGGCGUGGCUCUCGGAGCGAUAGCGUGCAGCAUGUCUCACAUCCCUGAACAGAUAUUUCUCAUCACAGCUGAGACGAUCGCUGAGCUGGUGACAGAGAAGGACCUCGCUGAAGGGAGACUUUAUCCUCCUCUUACCUGUAUUCACGAUGUCUCCUUUAAAAUAGCAGUGAGGACUGUAGAGUACGCCUACAAACACCAGAUGGCGAUGUUGCAGCCUGAACCAACUGAUAAAGAGGCGUUAGUGCGCUCACAUGUCUACAACACUGACUAUGCCGACUUCACUACAGACUCAUACCGCUGGCCAGAAGAGGCCAUGAACAUCCAGACCUGCAGACUCUGAUCACUCCACACACACACACACACACACACACACACACACACACACACACACACACACACACACACACACACACGUUAUUUAUGCUCUGCAGUGUUUAUACUUCUGUUCAUUUUUAUUAUUCUUAUUACUAUUAUUAUUAUAAUUAUUUUUGUUAGAUCAGGAGGCACUAUAUGAGUUUCAUUUUAGAAAAUAAACACACCUUUUUUUUUAACAGAAGCACACACACACAUAUGCUCAGUCCUAGCAAGGUCAUGAUGAACACAUCACAACAAACAGAUCUGACGUCACGCACUUAACUACAGAGGUGUGUCAACUUCCCCCUGGUGAGAGAUUUCACUAAAUAAAGUUUAAUCUAAAGUAGUAAAAAAUGUCCUUUUUAAAACGGCGCUGUAUGAAUAUAAAGAUUGUUGUUCAUGUGUAAAGCCGUGUGCUGUGUCUGAACUACACAACAUUCACGCCUCAGUGUUUCAUCUGUUCUAAAAUCUCCACAUAGAAUAUUUUAUAUUUAAUAUAUAUGUCGAGUAUUUCAUACAAAUCCAUGUAGAUUUCCUCUGGAUGAUAUUCCUCUAGCUGUGAUUCUCACUAAGACAAGAGAGACUGACAGAUAGACAGAUCUGUCCUCUGAGUCUCACUCUCAGAUAUUUGCUUAUACCUAGAGCUCUAAAAACCCAAUUCUAAUCUUUUUCAUCGGUUACAGGAUCAGAACAAAUUCAAUCAGAUUUGUCUGAUCUACUUUUUUUGCAGGAAUGAGCACAAUGCUGAUGCUGGGUAUCAGAUCACCUCUAACUAGAUGAUCAGAUCUUUCUCUCUAUUUCUCUCUCUGUCUCUCCCUUUCUAUUUCUCUCCCCAUCUCACUCUCCCUCUCUCUCUUUCUCUCCCUAUCUCCCUCUCUCUCUCUCUCUCUCUCUCUCUCCCCAUCUCUCUCUCUCCAUCUCUCUCCAAAAGACCUGCACAUGUGAUGAGAGACAUCUGCUGCUCUCUGUGACCUUUAUUGACCUUGUUUAUGACUCGAACCCUGCAUUAGUUCCAGCUCACAGGUUUGACCACAUGAUGCAUUUCCCAGAAACGUCACUGACCCUGAAGUCCAGUCGAGUGUGAAAGCUCUUAGUUAUUAAACUCUAUACAUCAAAUAUUACCUAAUCAGUCGUACUUGCCUAUGAAGUGUACACUACUCCACUGAGCUCCAGGAAGAGAGAUCAGUCCAGCAGAUGGCGGUCACUGCGAGAUUUCUACUCAAUAUUCAGCAGAAUGGAAAUAAAUGCAGACUUUAAUGGUGUUAUUCGUUAUAUAUUAUGGACUGUUAUAUAUCCUGAUCUAUAUUUUUAGAUUUAUAAUUACAGAAUAUUAUAAUCACAGUUUAAUGAUUAUAACAUUUAUAAUUAUCAUUUCACCAUUUAAUUGAAAGAAUCAGACUGCACAGUUUCAGAAUGUGGGAGAUAAACUACAAUUAAUUUAUUAAUACUGUAAUUAAUGAAUACUUUAUUUAACAUCUAACAUCAUGUGAUUGAUGAAGGCUGGAAUUUAACUGGAAGACCUUUUUUAUUGUCAUGCUUCUCCUUUGUACUUUAAUAUGACAAAACACACACACACACACACGUCUUUUUCAUUUCUUUGUGUUUACUCUGAGAUGAACAGACAGGAAAUGAUGGUGUGAAGGAGUGUGUGAGGAAAUAAACAGGUCUGUGACUUGGGGGAAGAACCGGUACCAGAGAGAGUGAGACACAGAGAGAGUGAGACACAGAGUGUGAGACCCAGAAAGAGACAUAUAUCUGACAGCUUGGCUUUUAAUUAGAAAAGUGUCUCUCUGUGUCAUUGCUCUGAAAUCUAAAUAACGUCUCAUUUUCUUCUUUUUCUUCUCUUCCUUUAGAGUAAAGAUGCAAAACUGGUUUGAUUUGAUGCCAUAAACCACAAAUGGUUUCUUAUUGGACACAAACAUCACACAUAGAAGCUAUUACAUGUUCUAGAUAGAGUCUAGCAGUCAUUAUUUUAUCUGUGGAAUAAAGAGAUCUUAAGCUCUAUAGGGUACUUUAAUGGUUCAACAUAAAAAGUCCCUGUUACUGUCCACUACAUGAUACACAGGACAUACAUUCAUAAGCAGUUAUUUGGAUUAUUUGGGUUUUUUUUUUUAUUGCUCACAUAGUGUGUAUGUGUAAGAAUUUUGAUUUAAAUGAUUUGAUCUCUUUACCACAUGAAAAAAAUUAAGAAAUUUUUCAGUAAAAGAAACCAAUCUGGUGCUGCUGGUUCACAGAGCUGAGAAAAGCCUCCUGGACAGAAGAGUCUUCUGUUCUCGGGUGUCCUGACAGUCAUGUGUGAAGACAUUAUGAUGAUAAGUUAACGAAGGAGAUUUGUGGGUUUUUGCACUGACAAGUUCUUCACAUCAACCAAAUUUGAUCUGUUACAGAAAUAAAACUGGUUUAGUUUUCUCUGAUGUUAGCUGCAGCACAUUUCCCACUCCCACAAACCUUUCACAUGCUCUGGUAGUAUGUGUGUGUAUGUCUGUGUGUGUGUUGAAUAUUCAGCUCCAGAUGGAUCAACACAUGCUGAAAAUAUGAGCUGAUGUAUAACACGCCUUUUUACGUCUGACCCCAAUCUAUCACUGCGUACAAACAUCGCUGUCCCUCCGUCCUGCUCAUGGCUCCACACGUUACACACACACACACACACACACACACACACACACACACACACACACACACACACACACACACACACACACACACACACACACACACACACACACAGAGAGAGAGAUCAGUCCUACAGCCACUUGCAAUAAAAAUAACCACAAACACACAAGUAUGAGAAGGAAGCUCUCUUUAAGAUGUAGUUAAAGUCUGAAUGGAAGAAAUAUUUCAAAUGUGGCACAUUGAUUGUGUGUUUGUGUAAGUGAGUGUGUGUGUAGACAGAGGUGUAAUUGUGUAGACAGAGGUGUAAUUGUGGAGGUUUCUAAAUCGUGCCCAACACAACGGUUCACACAUCUCUCUGUUCCAGCUCAGAUUUAGAUUUAAUUCUGAACACUUUGCGGAGUGUACAUGUUUUCAUGUGUGUUUUAAAACAAGGCUGUUAACAGCAGCAUAUAAAGUGUAUUUUAAUGGUUAAAAUGUGUGAAGAUUACAAUUCUUUUAUAAAAACCUGCACUUUCCAUAUGUUUGAUUCUAGUUGAUUAUAAAGGCUCAGUGUCAGGAAGAUUUUUCAGCAGGUUUAGAGGACAUUCUGCAGCCUCUCGUCUUGUCUCCAUGAAAAGAAUCGAUUUAAUACUGAUUUAAUGUCCAGUGCACAUUUGCACACUUGCAUGCAGAAACACAACAUUAACAUGCAUGUGUCUGAAACAAUAACCUCCGUCAUUGUCUCUCUAUUCUUCAUUAAUGCUGUAAUUCUGCCAAGUUUGGUGAACAUCAAAGCGCUGAUUCAUUUUCUUUUAAAAUAAAAUCAUUCCUCUCUUUAA